UUUCUGAACGCUGGACAGCUUUCAGUGUCAAAUUGCCAUUGAAAUGUUUUUAUUUGAUGACUAUGAAUGCAUAUGUCAGUCAUGGAGUGUCACCCAAGUACGUUUGCUUAAAUGUCAAUAAACCAAGUGCCGAGACCUUGACUAAUUUAAAUCUAAUUUGCAAAGUUAUCAAAUUCUUAAAGUACGUGAUCUGAAAAACACACACACAUAUACCUGUAUAGUUGAUCACUAAAAUUAAGACAACUGCACUAGUAGUAAUACAAUUUUUAUACAUGACAUGAUGUAUAAUUUUAAAAUAUUGAACACAAAUAUUUGUGAGCAAUUGCACUAAAAUUAAGACAAUUCUUACUUUAAGUUUGAUAUAUAAAGCUAUUUUAAAUUUAAAUUCUUAAUGUGUGUGUUUUAUUUAUCUGUUCAUCUUUUUUUAUAUAGAUCAAGAAAGCAAAUUGACUACUCCAAAUUUGGAGAUGGUGGUCAUGACGAUGAUGAUUUUGCAGACUCCUUUUCAGCACCAAAGAAGAAAAAGACAACCAUUAAGGAAAACAGCAAGGUGAAAAAAGUUGAAAAGAGGCCUGCAGAGGAGAAAAUUGAGAAAGUAGAGAAGAAAAGGGAAAGGGCAAAUCCAAAGGACAAGAUAUUUGACAAUGAGCUGCAGAUUGCCCUGGAAGUUUCGCUGUCUGAGGCACAGAUCUGCAGUCAGCCCAAGGAUGUCUCACAAGAACAAGAUGUUGAGUCAAAGAUAAAUGAACAUUCAGUUUCACCCAAGAAGUGUGAGGAAGAUGAAAUCAGUUUAAUAGAAGAAAAUGUCACUGAUGAACCACCUGCAAAGCGUAGACGAGCUGCCUCUAGUAAUAAUAAAGAUGACCAAGAUUAUACUGCUGAAGAGAUCAGUGACGAUGAUGAUGAUGAUGAUGAUGAUGAAAACUUUGAUGUCUCAAAUGAUGAAAAUGACAGUGAUUUUGACUGUGGUGAUACAAAGUCAACAAAGAAGAAGAGUAAAGUUUUGAAAAAAACUCAGCCUAGUUCCAAAAAAUCAAAAGCUGCCAGUACACCAAAGGCCAGAGAAGUGGCCCCAGCUCAGAAAACCAAGACAACCCCAGUCAGGACCCCAACAUCUGUACCUAGACCUGCUAAAGACAGCCCAGCAGUUGGGUUAGCAGCUCAAAAACAAGUCUGGAAUCCUCCAAACAGCUCUGAUUCCUGCAAGACCCCUCUAGGCGGUAUGUCUGUCAAAUCACCAACUUCAGGAAUCCGGAUUGGUCUGUCGCGCAACCAGAGAGUGAAACCCCUUCACCCAUCUCUGAAAAUCCAGCCGUGAUAACAACUUGUUGAUAAGUUGUGUGUGAAUUUAUCUUUAUGUGGAGAUGGAGACGAGGAAAGGAAUGUUCAUCUUAUGAUUCACCACCACACCAUCGAUUGUCAGGCCUUUGAGAAUUGAAAAUUUUCUUAACCCCAAAACAAGUUGAGAUAACCCAUUGUGGUUUUUGCAUAACCAAUCAAGCAGGGGUGAGAAUUCUCCUUGGAUCAGCUGUUUUCCUCUCAUGGAACAUUGCGUUUCAUCGCAUUUUAAUCGUCCUUUCCUCCAAAAUGUGUUCAAGAAUUUCCGGGAUCCCUCUAGAUUUCAUCUUUUUUACAGUUCACCAAUUCCCAUCCCUGAUCAAGACCUUGUAAAUGAUGAUCUAAAUUUAAUGCACUAGCGAAAAUUGGGUUAUACUAAACUAGGCUCGUGCAAGCAAAGCAUAAACGUAACUAUCGUUUUUGCAAUUUUCAGAGGCCUGUUUGUUUUAUUCUAAAACGUGGUGACUGUGACAUGGUUUAGAUUGUGAAAAAGAGAAGCCUUACAAUUACAGUGGCUGCAUUUAAAAAAAAAAAUUAUAUACUCUUUUUCUCAGUUGGGAUAGGAGAUACCACAUCGUUUCAUAUAGAAGUCGAGGGCUGUUCACUAAUUAUAUAGUGUAGAAUCAAACUGUUUUCAUUGUUUCCCCAAAAGCAUUUUUUAAUGUGUAUUUGAAUUCAACAGUGCACUCCAUACCACUCUCACCUCCCAUUCCUCCCUCAAGCGUUAGAUCGUUGAACAGCCCCUUACACCCCUUAUAGAGCACUGGUUCUGGUGGUGAAAGUUUAGGCAGUCUCUUAGUGGUGGAUGAACUUGGACUCUCAGUCUCACACUUCAGUCAGGUGCUCAACUACCAAUGACUCAUGGAAAUUCCAUUUGUGGUUAUGUGAAGAACAUGUUGAGAAUUGUGAAUGGUUCCAUACGUGUUUUAACUUAUCACCCAUGUAUCCAUUAUAAAAUUGUUAUUUGUUUUUAAUAGCAUGUUCACGGUCAGCUGUAUUAAAGUGUAAAUUAAUAUGACCCGUAGAAUAGUUCAUCAUUUUCACUUUCUCUCAUCUUCAAGUAUAUAAGACAGAGCUAUCUGCCUGCUACCCAUCCAACCUUUCCUGUCCUGAAUGGAGGAGCUGGCACCCCUGCCCAUGACAGGCAUGAGCUAAAACAGCUUGCUCUGAUUGUGCACGUUAAUUCCUACAGGGCUUCUAGAUUAUGGUAGCCCCACUCCCAUGGCUAGUGAUAGUCAAUGUUGGGCUAGUAAAUAACUACUAUUGCCAUGCCUGACGGCUAGGGAAAAAAAGUUGUCAAAUGCUGCAUUUAACUGUCUAUUUUGUAAAUAUGAAUAUCCUAACCCCCUCACCCCAUCCCCCUAGCUUAGUGUUUUUAAGUUCUAUAUCCCUCUUUAGGUGACAUAUCUGAUUACUAUUAGUAAAAUUGUAUAACUUAAAGUAGGGCUAGUGAAUUUUUAAUCGUGGCUAGUAAAUUUUUAAAAUCACUGAUCCUGUGGCUAGUGGAUUUUAUAAAAAUUCUAGAAGCCCUGCCCUAUAUAACGUAACGUAAUUUAACGUAACAACAUAAUAUAACAUGAAAAACAGCAAUAAGAGACAUUUCUAUCACAUGAUUAUUCAUAACAAGGGGAGUUAACUCUCGUAUUAUGUUUAUAAACUCAUCAUUCGGCUUAAAAGGAUAAAACUGGUAUCUUUUGUAAAAAAAAAAAAAUUAUCCUACAAUCCAACAAAAAAGUGGGAGAAAACAAAUGUAUUGCUAUAAUUUGGUACAAACAGUCUAGAAGACAUUCCUAUUGCAGUCUUUCGCUCAUCCGAUACAUUUUAAAACGACUAACCGGCCUUGGUGGUGUCGUGGUUAAGCCAUCAGAUAUAAGGCUGGUAAGUACUGGGUUCGCAGCCUGGUACCAGCUGCAACCCAGAGCAGGUUUUAACGACUCA